UAAAGAAAUACUUUUAAAGUGUAUAUUCCCCAUAACGCACUUCGAGAAUAAUGAAAUCGUUUUAUAUUGCCAUCCUAGUAGCCGUUUUGGCUAUGAGUUUAGUGAAGGCCGACAUAAAAAGUGACUUGAAAAAACUACAAAAAGUUUGUACUGAGCAAUCGAAAGCUACACCCGAGGAACUUAAUACCUACUUUGGCAAGGGAAUGCAAAAACAAGAUGCCACCGAUGCUGUUAAAUGUCAUCUAAAGUGCAUGAUGGAACAAAAUGGCUACUUGAAAAAUGGUGCCAUAGACCAAGAAUAUGUUCUCAAGAUCUUUGAAGUUAUUCCAGCUUUGCAAGAUCAUAUGAAGGGUAUAGCUGCCGCUGUGGAAGUUUGCAAAAAUGCAAAGGGCGUGAACGCAUGCGAUACCGCCUUUAAGAUAACGGAUUGCUUUAUUAAUACCAAAUCUGGAAAGUUGGCAAUUGCUUCUUAUUAAGGUGAAAAGUAUGAAAAAAAUAUAAUAAAAAUAAAUUAUUAUGCUGCAUAA